AUGAACCUGGCUAAAAGACCAGUCUCACUUUCACAUCCGGUCUCAUUUGAGAUUGAGAUUGAGAUUUAUCAAGUUUGUUUUGAUUUCUUCGGCGGAGAAUUUCGAGGUGAUCCUGUUGGAAGUUCUACAGUCAUUCGUAUUAAAGGUAUUCCUUACAGGUUAAACAACAAAGACUUUCUUCAUGACUUUUAUAAGAAAUUUGGAACUGUGAAGCGAGUGUACAGCACACCAAAAAAUAAUGAAGCAGUUAUUCACUUUGUUGAUUUAAAAUCUGCUGCCGAUGCUAAGAAAAAUGGCACUGUACUGGAGAAUGGGACCAAGCCUGUAGCUAUAUUUUUCAGUCGACCUAGGAGCACAGAAAGUACUCACCCCAAAGUAUCAGUAAAACCAGACUUCACUGAAAAGAGAGUGCUAGUGAAAAAAAAAACAUCAUCCACAGUACCUGUUGUCAAGGAAACCACGGUUCAAAAAGAAUCACAGCCAGGUAUAGAGAAUUUGUCUCAUUUUAUUGGCAAAACUGCCAAAACAACAAAUGAGAAAGUUGAACUUCUUGAGAACAGAGAUAAAAUACUCCGCCAAUAUCGUAAGAAAACGACUGAUCUGAAGUGUUCCAAAGUGACAAUUGGUACAUGUCUUGAUAUGUGUCCAGAAAAGGAACGCUAUAUGAGACAAGAUCGAAGACAUUUGAGUAUCUUUGAGAUAUUACCUGGUACUGAACAUAACAAGCAUGGUGAAGUUCCUCAUGUUGACCACAUUAGAGCCAUUAAAGAAUACAGUCGCUCCUCAGCAGAUCAGGAUGCAGCAUUGCCUCAUGAAUUGCGACCAGGGCCAGUAUUGUUGAAGACAAUGGAUUACAUACUUCAUUUCAUAUUGGACAACAGCAAUGACAAAUGGGCCGAAUGGUAUGAUUUUAUAUGGAAUAGAACAAGAGGUAUUCGCAAGGAUAUCACACAACAAAAUCUGACAGAUAAGACUGCUGUGACACUGGUUGAGAAAUGUGCAAGAUUUCACAUUUUUUGCUCGCAUCGAUUAUGUGAAGAAAUCCUUGGUGUCUUUGAUCCUAAGAUUAAUAGUGAGAAUUUAACCAAAUGUUUGCAGAGUUUGGAACAUCUUUAUGUUGAUUUGAAAAACGAUAAUAUUUUCUGUGAAAAUGAAGCAGAGUUUAGAGCCUAUGAUAUCUUGUUGAAUCUGAAUGAAGGUGAUAUUCUAAGGUGA